UCCUCUUCAAACCAAAGUCCCGCCUCGGUUGUGUUUCUUACUCCGUGUAUAAAAUGACGGAUUUGACUGUAAGCGGGACACUUUGUGAGUUUAGAGUUCCUUUAGUGAACUCCUGUACAGACACCUGAGUCGGUCCCAUGCUGUAGACGCACCCAGCGCUCGGACACGUCGCUGCCGAAGGGAUUCCUCCAACUUCCGAAGCGAAAACCUCCCAUCAAGCAUUUGCAGAACCAUGGCAGGGGUGGACGGGUCAGACCAGCGGGCGCUGCAUUCUGAACAAACUCUGGAACUUGGGUCUUCAACCAAAAAGGAGGCUGAUUGGCUGACGGAAAGUGGGCAAAAGUCAUCGGUGAGCAAGAGGAGGCAGACUCUGGACCUGCUGAAGAAAAGCACAGGGUGCUGCAGCAAGUGCCGCAUGUGCAUGCUUCAAUGUCAGAAGUUUUUAAUCUCAUGUCUUGGGGAGGACUGGAUCUUUCUCAUCCUGCUGGGACUCUUCAUGGGCUUCCUUAGCUGGGCGAUGGACUGCUGCAUCGAGACCUGCCUAGAAGCCCGGAGGGUGAUGUACGACCAUCUGGACAGUAAUGUGCUUCUGUCAUACAUAGCGUGGGUCACAUUCCCAUUAGUCCUCAUUUCCUUCGCUGCUGGCUUCACACAGUUUGUUGCCCCUGAGGCUGCUGGUUCAGGCAUUCCAGAGAUGAAGACCAUCCUUCGAGGGGUGAUGCUGAAAAAAUACCUCACCUUCAAAACGUUUGCAGUCAAAUUUAUCAGCCUUGCCUUCGCCCUGGGCAGUGGGAUGCCACUAGGCAAAGAGAGUCCCUUUGUACACAUGUCUAGUCUGUGUGCUUCUCUCCUCUUCAAGUUCAUGUCUCUGUUUGGAGCGAGCUAUGAGCAUCGGUCUAGAAAAAUGGAGUUGCUGGCAGUAGCCUGUGGAGUGGGGGUAUGCAGCUGUUUUGCUGCUCCAAUUGGAGGUGUGUUGUUUAGCAUUGAAGUAACAACCACGUUCUUUGCUGUGAGGAACUAUUGGAGAGCGAUCUUAGCAGCAACACUUGCGGCCAUCGUGUACAGAGUGCUGCCUGUUUGGGCCAGUGCAGAAGAGACCAUCACAGCACUGUUUAAAACCCAUUUCCCAGUAGAAUUCCCCUUUCACCUUUAUGAGCUUCCUGUUUUUGCUGGUGUAGGAAUUGCCUGUGGGUUUGGUGGAGCUCUGUUUGUUUACCUGUUUGGGUUGAUUAUUCGAUUCACAAGAAAGAAGACUGUCAGCAAAUUUUUCAUGAAAAGACGUCUCCUGUAUCCAGCUCUGGUCACUUUACUUGUUUCAUCACUAACAUUCCCCCCUGGCUUUGGACAGUUCAUGGCUGGAAAGCUGGCCCAGAAUGAGGCUCUGGUGAAUUUAUUGGACAACCAGACUUGGGCCAAACAAGGGACCGACUGGGACUCUGACCACACUGGACAUUCUGAAGUCUGGAAAAGCCCACAAAACAGUGUUUUCAUGACACUGGCCCUUUUCACUAUCGCGAAGUUCUUGAUGACUGUCCUGUCCAUCACUAUGCCAGUACCCUAUGGAGCCUUCAUGCCUACAUUCAUCGUUGGGGCAGGCUUUGGUCGUCUUGUUGGAGAAGGCAUGGCAGCGUGGUUUCCAGAUGGGAUCCACACAAAUGGAUCCAUCUACCCGAUAGUGCCUGGAUCCUACGCUAUUGUGGGUGCAGCAUCCUUGUCAGGAGCAGUUACCCACACUGUUUCUACUGCAAUCAUGGUGAUUGAGCUGACUGGCCAGAUCACACACAUCCUACCAGUGAUAGUAGCUGUGAUCCUGGCUAAUGCUGUGGCUCAGUCUUUACAGCCCUCCAUUUACGACUUCCUCAUCAGAAUCAAGAAGCUACCCUACCUUCCAGAGCUGGGCUGGGGUCACCAUGAUAUGUUUAACAUCCGAGUAAAGGAUUUCAUGAAGCGGGAUGUGAAGUACAUCACAUCAAUCUGCUGCUACAAAGAGCUGCACAAUGUCCUGAUGUCUGCACACGUGGAGACUCUGGCACUGGUGGAAUCAGCUGAAUCAAUGAUCCUGAUGGGCUCCAUUGAGCGAUCCCAGCUCCAAUCGCUGCUCUCCCAGCAGCUCAGUCGCAGCAGACGGCUGGAGUACAUCAAGGAGCGAGCUGCCGCUGAGGAAAAACACCUUUCUGUUGUGUCCGAUAGCAACAGCGAUGCCGGCCCUCAGAAAGCCAGUCAGGAGAUUCACUUCAAGGAAGAUGGAGAUGUGGAAGAUGAAAUGACCUAUAAAGAGAUUGCAGAGUGGGAGGAGAAGCAGCUUGAUGAGCAAGUCGACUUCAGCUCCUGCAAGAUUGAGGAAUUCCAGCUGGCAGAAAACACAUCGCUGUAUAAGACUCACACCAUUUUCUCGCUGGUGGGCCUCGACCACAUCUACGUCACCUGCAGUGGACGCCUCGUUGGGGUGGUUUCCCUCCAGGAGCUCAGCGAAGCCAUAAAGGGCUCGGUGAAGGUGAAAGGUGCAAAGGUGCCACGGCCUUUAACCAGUUUGAGGGACAGCGGCACCGGCACCAGCGAACCAGAAGCUACUGAGCUCCACAAGCUGUGGGACUGCCCCAAGAAUAAGUCGCUGCCUUGUGAACACAGCCCAUCAAAGUCCAAUGAGAAGUCACAGUGAGAGGAAGCUAGGGAUGAAGAGCAGGUGGGGGAGUGGGGGAGGGGAAACGGAGGAGGUAUUGGGUGCAUGGAGGUGUUUUAACUCUACAACCACAAACACGCAAAGUCCUCAGGGCAGGAGGAUCGGUAUUAUUUAUGGAACGAGUUCUUCUGCUACGACAGCCUUCUCACCUCUCAUCCUCUGCUCCUCUACCUCCUCCACUUCCGCCCACCCUGGGCAUCUGCCAGGAGACUUGCACUAAGUGAUCAGUGAACUGCACUUGAAUAGCGCCUUUCUGAGUCAGACAGAGGCAGCACCGGUCCUCCAACCACCAUUGGCAGGCAAAGAGGAGAAAGUGUCUUGCCCAAGGAAACAAUGACUAACAGAGCC